AUGUCAAAGGAGUUCUAUGGGUUGAGACCUACUGUAGAGGAUGUGAACAAAGAUAUGACUAAGGAGGAAGGAACACAGAUGAAUGAUUGUAGGAUAGAAAACAUAUUCCCUGAACAGAUGAAUAGGGAUCAGGACUUCAAAGAGGAAAUCAAACAGGCUAUUAAGUCAUUAGUCGCUCAAAAUAAGGCAAGAGACAAUAGACUGGCUAAGGAACUUGAGAAACUGAGACUGGAUUUAAAGUCAGCAAGAAGUAAAGGUGACACCUUACAGCGAUCAGUAAAUACUUUAGAGAAGGAUGUGAGAGAGACAAGUAAAGAGCAGUCUGCCGUCUCAGAUAGAAUAGAUGGUCUGUCGACCAAAGUAAAAGACCUACAGUUAACAAGCCAUGAGUAUAUUGACAAUUACUUAAUGGGCCAGACAAAGAAGAUUGAGGAAGAAAUGUCUGAACAGAUAGAGACCAAAUCAGAGAGGGGGGAGACAACCCAAAGGUUUGUUUCCUUACAAAGAUAUGAAGAAAUUUUAUGGAUGAAAUCUUCAGUGACAAUUAAUGGAACACUGAAUUAG